GCGCGCUGCUCCUCCUCUCCUCAUCACAGACACCGACACGGUCCGGACCGGAGAGCACAGAGCAGAAGGAACGACCAGCGGCGGGAUCACAUGUUGUGGUUUCCUUUUUUACAUUUCCAUCAUAGUUAGAAGCCACAGAGUUCAUUUCCGACCUGCUCUUACGAAUGACGGAUUUCGAAGGCACGUGAAAGGAUCGGGAUUGCGGAAAAUCAUACAGAGUGGCCCGCGCGCUGAAAUCAGACAGCCCCGCGCGCUGCUCCGCUGCUGCUGCGGCUGCAUCCUCGUGCUCAUCUCCUUGCCGCCUCCUCCGCUCCCUGUUGGUGUUGGGAACAUCCCCCGGUUUUUUCCUAUUCAACUCUUUUCUACAAAUAAAACCCAAGUAAUUGCCCCUCGAGAGCCCUGUACCUUCUGUGUGUUGGAGUUGGAGCUCAUUUCCUGAUCCAUUGACUGGACUGAGAACCCUAAACGGACCGGGAGGACCUCGUAGGAGACAAGGACUGGGAGGACAGGGAUUAUUUGAGCCCACAACACCGUACCGCAUGGUGGGAAUUUCUGCCUCUUUUCAGUAUCGCACUGGGCAGCGCUCCACCAUGCCCGACUCACCUGCAGACGUCAAGACACAGUCGAGGUUGACCCCCCCCACCAUGCCUCCUCCACCAAGCACGCAGGGAGCCCCCCGCAGCAGCUCCUACACCCCAACCACACUAACCAACGGCAGCAGUCACUCCCCGACGGCGCUGAAUGGCGCCCCCUCCCCUCCUAACGGCUACAGCAACGGCCCCAGCUCCUCGUCCUCGUCCUCGCUAGCCAAUCAGCAGCUGCCGCCGGCCUGCGGCGCCCGGCAGCUCAGCAAGCUGAAGCGCUUCCUCACCACGCUGCAGCAGUUCGGCAACGACAUCUCGCCCGAGAUCGGGGAGCGCGUCCGGACGCUGGUCCUGGGCCUGGUGAAUUCGACGUUAACCAUAGAGGAAUUUCACUCCAAGCUCCAAGAAGCCACCAACUUCCCUCUGCGACCUUUUGUCAUUCCCUUUCUGAAGGCCAACCUGCCCCUGCUGCAGAGAGAGCUGCUGCACUGCGCACGGCUCGCCAAGCAGAACCCGGCCCAGUACCUGGCCCAGCAUGAGCAGCUGCUGCUGGACACCAGCACCACCUCCCCGGUGGACUCCUCCGAGCUCCUGCUGGACGUCAAUGACAACGGCAAGCGGAGGACCCCAGACAGAACCAAAGAGAAUGGCUUUGACCGCGACAGCAGCAUGCACCCCGAGCUUCACCCCAGCAAGAGGCCCUGCACCAUAAGCCCCGCCCAGCGCUUCAGCCCGUCCAAUGGAAUCGCCUACCAGCCCAACGGCCUCCCGCCCCCGGGCCCGCCUCCCCCGCAGCACUAUAGGCUUGACGACAUGGCCAUCGCACACCACUACCGUGACACAUACAGACACCCCACCUCCAACCACCGGGAGGUCCGGGACCGGGCCCGGCCCAUCGGUGAGUCCCUAGGUAUGCACACAGGCGCCCGGCAGGAGGAGGUUAUCGACCACCGGCUGACAGACAGGGAGUGGGCAGAGGAGUGGAAGCACCUUGACCAUGUAAGAAAACUGCUGAACUGCAUCAUGGACAUGGUGGAGAAGACGCGCCGGUCGCUCACCGUGCUGCGGCGCUGCCAGGAGGCCGACCGCGAGGAGCUCAACUACUGGAUCCGCCGCUACAGCGACGCCGAGGAGAUGAAGAAGGGCGCAGCCAGCGGGCAGUCCCGCCAGCAGAGCCCCGCGGGGCAGGACAACGCAACGCAGCCAGAGAUUCACAGAGAGAUGCUGCAUCGGCCUGUCUCCACUGGCUACGUCCCUGAGGAGAUCUGGAAGAAAGCUGACAACGUGUUGCUGACGCGUUCCGCUGCCCCACUCUCUCCAGAAGAGGCGGUGAACGAGGUGAAGCGGCAGGCCAUGUCGGAGCUGCAGAAGGCCGUAUCGGAGGCGGAGCGGAAAGCUCAUGACAUGAUCAGCACCGAGCGCGCCAAGAUGGAGCGCACGGUGGCUGAGGCAAAGCGCCAGGCGGCCGAGGAUGCACUGUCAGUCAUCAACCAGCAGGAGGACUCCAGCGAGAGCUGCUGGAACUGCGGUCGUAAGGCCAGCGAGACGUGCAGCGGCUGCAACACAGCGCGCUACUGCGGCUCCUUCUGCCAGCACAAGGACUGGGAGAAGCACCACCACGUGUGCGGCCAGACCCUCCAGGCCCAGCAGCAGCAGCAGCAGCAGGCCAGCCAGCAGCAAGGGGGGGGUGGCCCCGGGCCUGAGACUCCGGCCCCUGUCAGCUCCUCCGCCUGCACCCCUAGCAGCGGUGCCGGGAGCCCGGCGGCCACCCCGCCCGCCACGGCUGUCGCAGCCCUGUGCUCGGUCCCUCCGGGCCCACUUUUGACCACGGCCCUGGACGGAACGCCGCGCCAAUAGAGGCGGGAGGACUCCGAGACGGAGGACGGACAGCGCCAAAAAGAAGAAAAAAUAAAAAACGCCCAAACUCGGUCCUGUGCUCUUGACUGUGAAACCCCCCACGCCAUUCUAAGCAGCACAACUCUCUCAAUUUGGCUCUCAAAGAUGCUGAACAGGUGGGAACAGGAACAGAAUGGUCGAUUUUAUUUUGCGCUCCCUUUGUCAUUAGCAGCAGGAGGAGAAGGUCCAUACUCGGGUCAUAUUGACUUGCCCUGACUUAUAUAUACAAAGAUAUUCUUUGUUUUUAAUUAUUCAUUAUUGGUGUCCCUUUUAAUUGUUACUAUGCUGAUUAUCGUUGUCUUUGUUUGUCGUUGUCGUGGCUGUUCUGAUUAUUGUUGACAUCAUUGUUGCUUAUCUUCCAUUUUAUUGGUGUAAAUAUGAACAUAAGAGACUAAGGGAGCUCAAGAGAAGAACGACCCUUUAUUAUUAUUAUUUUUUUUAUUAUUAUUUCCCUCCUAAACCUGGGACAUGAAACAUGUUGACCUCAAGAAGACACUUUACCAAACAAUAUACCAAGGACUUUUGACUAGCUAGCAUAGCUAAUCUUUUAGCGACUGAUAUUGUAUGUAAAGAAAGGUAUUAAAACUAAAAAUAACCUGCCAAACAAAGUAUGCCGGACAGACAUACAGAAAGAAAGACACAAGGGUUGGACUGGAUCUCUUACCCAGCGAGACCUGCCAAGGAAAGGCAGAUGUGCAGCAUAUUGCGAGGAAAUCCAGAUGUUUGCCGCAAUGUUAUUCCCUCUGACUUCGAAUAAUAUCCAGGUCAGUGGGCCGGGAAACACAAAGCUGUCUCCUUGGAACAGUGUAAAAAUGAACCAUUUCUUGAACAAGCAGCACACAAAAAUGUAUAUGGAUAUACCGAGGACAGGUUUCAAUUGUGCAAAUUUUGCCGGGACAACUCGAGGAGUUCAGUUCCUCACAUCAGUAGGAAAGCAGAACGGCUGUGGUCAAACAACAGGAAGUCUUUCCUCUAACGUUCCUGCCACUUCCCAAACCCAUGCUCUGGAAACAGAUGAUUUUUGUUGUUGUUCUUCAUCUGCUUCUUCCUAUUUUCCACUGUAGAUGUCAUGGUGUGGAACACUUUUGUCACAUGGUGUGGCAAAAUGGUUAUUUCCUGUAUCUGUGUUGGAUAUUUGUGACGACGAAUAGCACCCGACCUCGUCACAAGAACUUCCCUUAUCCCUCUCUCUUUCUCAACCCUUCUAUCUUUCUCAAGCUAGUGUGAAAAGAGAUAAGAGAAACAGAAGUGUUGUCCACUUCUGGGCUGAUUUUCUAUUCUGUGUAUAGGUGGUGGAUCUCUUGGUGUCCAUGUUUUAUCCUCCCCUUCUCCCAUUUUUUUUCAAGAAAAGACAAGCUAUAUCUCAGAGCUGCUAGACCAGCCCAUAUCUUUUCUGAGAAGCUAGCAUGUUUCACGCGGAAUGCUAACCUAAAUGUUUGUACAAGGGACGUACAUCAAUGUAUUUGCACUGUCACAGAGGACAUUUCAGCAUGCUUCUUUUGUUUUUAGCACAAAUGUUUUGUUGUUAUAGAGCCAUUUUCCACAGACCAAUUCUUUGUACAUAGUGCUGGUGUAUCUGAUCUGUGAAUUUUUUCCUCUUUUUUUGUAAUGUUGGGUAAAUGUAAAAUCACAAAAUUUAGUAAUUGUAAAACAUAUUUCUCUCAACAUGCUAAAGAAAGCUGUGGUAGCUUCUUUCUUUUGUUUUCGAGUAACUGACAGUGCAUGCACAUUAUGAUCGUUGGUUAAAUAUAUGUUAUUUUUUAGAAAAACACAAAACCACACAAAAACAACAGAAAAAUAGAAACUACUUAAAAACAUUGCUUUCCAAAUUCCAAGGUGUAUAUCUAAUUGACAGCUUUAACAUUGCACCAAAUUACAAACAAUAAAAGCAGAAGAGAUAAAAAAAAUACAAUUACCA